AUGGAGUACUACCGCGUGAAUUGGAGCAUGGCGGAGCCGAUGAGCUGGGGCAGCCGCACUGGCUGCGACUUUCUGAAAAACAAGUGCAAUGCGACCACGAAUCUUGCCGGCAAUUAUCCUCGCAUGUUCUGCGAUGACUCCGACAAGGAGACACUUCGCUGCACUUCCGACCGCCGUCACGUCGGGACGUGCACCGCAACCAUCGUUGAAAACAAGGGGAGUCCUGCGGAUAAGGACGUUUGCCCUGUUGUUUCUUUGUGCUUUCACGAAAUAUUGUCUAGGACAACGUACAAUACGUGCUCGGACAAAGGUGUGACUUCUCUCCCUGGGUCGCUGACUGGCGACGGCUCGUGGUGCCUGGAUGCGGAAUUACUGAAGAAGGACGGUAAUGGCCAUAAAAGCGUCAAGGGAGUGUGCGCGCAGGUCUUGUGUGAGGAGGGCACAGUGAAGGUGAAGUACAGUGGCAGCAAGGAUUUUGAGCCUUGCCCUGAGGGCACUGACAUCCCAGUGACGUUGAAUGGUUUUGAGCAAGAUGGGAAGAUCAAGUGCCCCAUUUACGGCGAGGUGUGCACCAUUGCCGCCAACGGCAGCAGUCUUGUCAUUCCGAGAGCGUUGGAGGAUGAUAAGCGAGAGGAGCAAGAGGAGAAAAGAGAAGAGUCUGUGGCUGCUCCGGCGUUGUCCCCUGGAGCGGAAGCUCUUACAAAGGCGUCUCCUGCCGAUUUGCCUGCUGAGGAGUACUCGUCUGAAGAGGGACCCAGUGAAGAAGCGUCCACUGCAGAAGCGUCCAUUGCUGAGGCGUCCAUUGCAGAAGCAUCUCCUCCAGGUAAAAAUUCUGAAGCUCCAGUAGUGCAAGCGGCAUUGAAGCAGCCUCAACAAGAAAGUGAAGCAGAACAAAUGACAGCGGUGGGGGAACCUGCCACUACACAGCAAGUGCCACCGGAUUCAUCGCAGGAAAAUGCGGAGAGGGCGGCGGCUUUGAACUCUCAUGCCGUUGGAGAAACAACAGGUGAUGCCGGCACUGUGCGUGAGAGGAGGGUGCUGCCGCUGCUUCUUCUGCUGUUGGGACUGUGGGGGUUUGCGUCUCAGUGA